CGUAUAGCCGCAGCAUCGUGCAUUUUGCAUCUUGCAGCUCCUCGACCGCCCUCGGAUUGGGCAUUUGUAGCCGUUCGUGACCGCACCUGCAAGCGAUGCCACGCUCUUCCGUCUAAUGUCGCCUCCUUACGACAAUCACGGCUCCUCCCGCUCGCGGCGAGGCGUCUGGAGCCAUUGGGUGCCUCUUGCCAUCACCCUGACCGUUGCCACGGCCGGUCUCGCCGCCUGGGUCUGGAGUCAGCGCAAGGAGACGGUCGAAGACCACGCUGAGGCAGAGCCUGACUUGGACUACGAGAAUGCCGACUAUGGGGAGAAUCCGGCGUAUGGCGCCGAGCACCGCAGAUUGGCGCCGCCGCCGGAGCAGUCGACCCAACGCGACAGCUAUGCGACUGGCGCUGAGAUGGCCGAGGGCACUCCGUCAGGAUGGGGAUCGCGAAUGACGAGCGCCUUUACGUCAAACCCGCAGCACUUCCUCGACUCGACUGGAAAGACGGUUGCGGCUGGCGUCGCUGCCGCCGGCGCAGCUGUCGGCAAGGCGCUGGCCUCGAUCCGCGAAGAGGACAGGCCGGAGCACGAGACGGGCGCCUGGCCCGAAGAACGAGAAGUCAAGAGAGAAAAGGGACCGGCGCCGAGCCUGAAGAAGCGCAAGACGGUCGCCAUUGUUAUCUCUGCCGAUUCUCAGUUUACCGACGACGACGACGACAUCACUCAUGAGCAUGCCUCGAUCCUGAGCCACAUCCCUAAGCACAAUGACCUGUCUGCCAUCAAGCUGUUUGUCCUCAUCUAUGCACCUGGCUUAAAGGACAGCACGGUUGAUGCUGCUACGACUCAAACUCCCGAGGCCAAAAGCCCAGUUCUUGGCGCUACGGCAGAAAACACCCUGUUCAAUGCCGUGUACUCGCAUGCCCUGGCUCUUGUAGACAAGGAGACCAUGAUCCUUCCAUUCACCACUCCCAACGGCCACACUCACAUCCUCCGCCACCUGCAGCCCGACAUCAUCUAUCUCCAGGAGUCGCUUGCGGGCGACAGCGGUAGCUACAUCACUAACAUCCAGACUUGGCUUCGCCACGACAUUGUCCUGGUGGUAGGCGCCGAAGACGGAUCUGGCGGUCUGGCUGACAGCGAAUCCGAGGCCGAGAGAGCUGACAAGCCCGAGAAGUGGUGGCAGAAACCCGAGCGUGUCGGUCGCGGACGAGGCAUCAUUGUUGUUGACAGCGUGCGCGUUAAUGACGAUUGGGCACGAAGAGUCCAGGGCCGGGAAUGAUGGUUAGACGGUACGUAUGAGGACAUUAAUGAAAGGGAAGAUACCAGGACGUUGAUUUUGUAAAUUUGUAUAUACAUAUACUUUGAUUUGGUCAUUUUUACCAGUGCGACUUAGUGCUAGCUACAGUUUCUAUUAGUUGGGGAGGAGAAGAGAGUAUCGCAAUCGUAAACGU